UGCAUUCUCUUUUGGCCACUUGUUUUCUGUUUUCCUAUGUUCACAAUGAUUAAAAACACGGGGUGUCUGUUUUGUUUAUUUGUUUUUUCUUAAUCUCCUCGUUUAAUGAAUGCUAUGAUGAUGAAUGACAAAUGCCAUCUCACUCACAAUCAUGUCUUGAAUGCCGUAGGAUUCUACGUUUCAAGGGAUUAUAUUAUAUUCUCUCUUGUGCUCUGAUCAUAACCAUAAUGGUUAAGAGAAUUAAUUGGGUUUAAUGUGUCUCUCAGAUAAUUUUGUUCAGUUUCUAAUUUAAUUUCUUUUUUCCUUCUAAUGUUCACCAUCCACGAGGUUCUGUUCUGAUGUUUUAUUUUUGGUCUGAAAUCUGAAUCAAUUGUAAUUUUCCUAAUCAUGGAAUUAAAUGAUGGACAAAAGCAGUAAUUGAUGAAAAACUAUGUAUCGAUGUUAUUGUCUAUCUCCUGGAAUCUUUGAAAUCGUUGAUUCUCCUUGAUCAAAGUGAUGGCAGAGGAAAGUACUACUAACCAGAUGAAGUCUGAGAAAAUUGAGCCUGAAGAUGCUAAUGAGAAAGCAAAUCCUAAUGAGGGAUUAACCAUCACAAAAGUUCCUCCUAAGAUUCUUUCUCGUUAUCUUAGUGCUCCAAAAGCUUCCUGCCAUGAUCUUUGCAAAUAUGGCAUCCCACAUGGCGUUCAAACCAAACCAUGGAGUUGGACACAUAAAAGGGUUACCAGAAAGGAAAGGAAAAGCAAAGUUCCAGAAGAAAAUAUGACUUACAUGGCAAGGACAAAGAAGUCAGGAAGCAGUUCAAAGCCUUCUCAAACUUCAAAAAUAGAGAAGGCCAAUAGUCCUGUUGACAUCAAGGAAGUAACACAUGAAGAAAUAGUAACUUCAGAGAAAAACUCACCACCUUUUCAAGAAGCAGAUAUUUCCACAGAACAUAACAGUGAUCUAAAGCAAGCACAUUCUGAGCCUUCAUCUCUCCCAGUGCAGGAAUGUUCCAAAACUCAAACAAAAAGGGAAAGAGUGAAAAACAAAACUCGUAGUUCAAGAAGCAUAAAGGAAACUGAAAGCAGAAGCAAACAAACAAGGAAACCAAGUCUCCCCUUCUCUUCAAAACACAAUGUCAAGAAGCCUCCAAGCUUAAGUUCCAAGAGUACCAAGAACAUGACAAGAGAGUCUUCUCUGAAACUUCAUGAGAAUGUUGAAGAAGUCAAACCUGAACUAGCCAGCACUGGCAAAUCACCAGACAGAAUUUUACAUGUCAUUGAACCUGCCUCUGCAGAUUCAUCUGAGAACUCUACCGUGACUUGUGAUGCAACUAAGUUGUCUUCACCUUCACCUUCACCUUCACCUUCAUCAUCAUCAUCAGGGGACAAAAGCUUGAAUCAUACCAAUAAGAAAACUGGCGAGUCUGCGGUAUGUGCAUCUUCAAAGAAGGGCCUUAGAUCAGUGGCUGGCAACAAAGGGAAGUCAAAUAUGCUGCCCAAAACGCAUAGUGUAUCACGACCACGAUCACUAUCACUAUCAUCGUCUUUUUCCUCAUCCAACUCUUCUCUUGAGAAACGAAGUAAUGCUACAUAUAAGUCCAACAGAAUAGGACAUGAUCAUCAUCAGGGUGAAAAUGUGAGGAUAGUUUACAAAAUCAGGCAAAAAAUGAGCAGAAAAGUUGGGGCAGCUAAUAAAGUUGUUGCAGCUCGGAAAUUGAAUUUUAAGAGAGGAAAAGUGAUAGAACUUCAACCUCAGACCAACACCAUUGCAAGGAGACUCAAAUUCAGGCCAGCACGCAUUCUAGGCGAUGACAUGCGGAGAGACAUAAAUGGUGCUAGAAAAAGGACCAUUAUGGACAAUAAAUUUGGUGGUGGUAAGGUAAAUGGUGCAAAUACCAAAUCAGAGAAAGCCGUGGCCAAACUCCAAAUUGUGGAAGGAAGUAAAAGGAGGAGUAUUGGGAGGAAGGUUGGUGGAGAUAGGAGCAAGAUAGAGGGUUCAAAAUCAGGAUCCGAGAAAGUGGUUUUGAGGCAUCAAAAUGUGGAAGGGAAGAAAGAAAAUCCACGUUUGUAUAACAAUGUAAUUGAAGAGACCGCAAGCAUGCUUGCUGAGCAAAGGAAGAGCAAGGUCAAGGCUCUAGUUGGUGCAUUUGAAACUGUGAUAUCUCUUGAUUCUCCUAGAGAGGCCACAUCUGCGGAAGUAAGCACGCCUUGUUGAGUUAACUAAGGCUUGUUGCAUAUUCAACUUCAACAUACAUAUAACUGUGUCAUAGAGUGAUAAUUCAUAAAUGACAAGGAGGAAGACUUGGUUGUGAAGUGGCUUUGGUCUUAAGCUUUGGCCAUUGUGAAACUGCAAUUGUUUGUGGCUUGGAUUUACAUAGCUAUUGGCCUAUUGCUGUUAAUGGUGUUUCCUGUGUUUUACUGUUUUCCUUUGGUAUCAUUAAGAUUUGGGGAGUGAGAUGAUUUCAGUGGAGUGUGUUGUUAGUUGUUAAUGAUAUAGCAUUUCGGCUUUGAAUUAUGUGGAUAUAUGAUAACUCUUAUGCUAACACCAUUAUGUUUGUGUUGAGUGGCAAAAUUGUGUAUUUGUUUCUGA